AUGUCUCUAGAAGCUAUAAAGUUCAAUAAAAGCAAUCCUGCUAAUGUCACUGUUGAGGUCUUAGACCAAUUAUUACUUCCUUACACUACCAAAUACAUCCCAAUCCACUCCAUAGAUGAUGGUUAUAGGGUUAUCAAAACUAUGCAAGUAAGAGGGGCUCCUGCCAUUGCUAUAGUAGGCUCCUUGUCUGUAUUAUUAGAAAUCCAACUAUUACAAAAAGAAUCUUUCACCAAGUCACAAUGGUACUACAACCUUUCGAACUGGAAUGAUGUACGUUCGAGAUUCCAGGACAGAUUAGCUUUUUUGCUAAGUAGUAGACCUACAGCUGUUAAUUUGUCCAAUGCUUUGAAAGAAAUAUCAACUACCCUAAACAAAUCUGAUAAUAUAAAAGCAUUCGAUAGAUCAUUAUUUGAAUUUGUUAAAAGAUUAAUUAACGAUGAUUUAAGUAAUAAUAAGAAAAUGGGUGACAACGGUGCAAAGUUUUUACUAGAUACCUUAGAGAAAGAAGGUUUCAAAGAUGAAUUUGCAGUUUUAACCAUCUGUAACACUGGCUCCUUAGCUACUUCAGGGUAUGGUACCGCAUUGGGUGUGAUUCGUUCGUUGUGGGAGGAUUCGAAAACGAAAUCAUAUCCUACAAAUAUAAAGAAGAAGGCAAAAACAACUGAAAAUUCUCAGUCCAAAAUGGUCCAUGUCUAUCCGCUCGAAACCAGGCCAUAUAACCAAGGUUCAAGAUUGACAGCAUAUGAGCUGGUUCAAGAACAGAUCCCAGCAACCUUAAUUACCGAUAGUUCUGUUGCAUAUAGAAUACAGACUUCUCCUGUUCCGAUCAAAGCCGCAUUUGUAGGUGCAGAUAGGAUUGUUCGUAAUGGAGAUACUGCCAACAAGAUUGGUACAUUCCAAUUGGCCAUUCUUUGUAAACAAUUUGGUAUCAAAUUUUUUGUGGUUGCGCCAAAUACCACAAUUGACAAUAUCACACAAACUGGGGAAGAUAUUAUCGUCGAAGAACGUCAUGCCGAUGAGUUUAGACAUGUUACAGGUACAGCUAUUGAUUUGAACACUAAUAAACCAGUCUUAAAUGAAAAGGAGGAACCAGUGAGUGCCAAAGUUGGUAUUUCACCUCCUCAAAUCAAUGUUUGGAACCCUGCCUUUGAUAUCACAACCCAUGCCUUUAUUGAUGGAAUAGUCACUGAGAAAGGAGUUUUUACAAAGAAUGCUGAUGGAGAAUUUGAAUUAGAUAAGUUAUUUUAA